CGCCACCUCCGCCUCGCAAUCCCUCUCCCCCCACCAACAAGAAACCCUAGCGCCGCCGCUCGCCGGCGAUGGAGGCGCCGGACGAGGAGGCCGGCCUGGGGCUCCCGGAGGACGAGCGCCUUCUGGAGGUCACCAUCAUCUCCGCGCAGGGGCUGAAGCCGCCCUCGGGGCUUCGGCGCCGGCUCCAGGCGUACGCCGUGGCGUGGGUUGAUACCGCGCACAGGCUCCACACGCAGCCCGACCGCUUCGGCGGCCUCGACCCGGCCUGGCACGAGCGCUUCCUCUUCCGCGUGCACGAGGCCGCGCUCGCCGAGGACUCCCGCGCCGCCGUCACCGUCGAGAUUUACGCCUCGCCCAGCGGGUCCUGGCACAUCGGCGGGGACUCCCUCGUCGGAUCCGCGCGGUUCCUCCUGGGCGACAACCGCCUCCUCUGCCGCCCUGUCGGGUCCCCGGCCAUGUUCGCGGUUGGCGUCCGCCGCCCCUCCGGCCGCGUCCACGGCCUCCUCAACGUGGCCACCAGCCUGGUUGCUGCGCCCCCGUCUCCGGCGGCCUCCCACGCCCUCAGCGUCUCCCCCGCCGUCUCCCUCAGCGGCCUCCCCCCUGCCGUCGCCAUCAGCAGCCUCUCCACGCCGCCCAUCUCAGGCCGUGUGCUGCGCGUCCUCAACCGCGCGCACCCAACGCCCCCGCCUUCUCCUAAGGUGCUCACGCCCAAGAAGCCGCAGGCCUCGCUGAAGCCUAACAGUAAGGGAGCGGAUGACCAGCAGGUCGCUGUGAAGCCGAACAACAAACAUGAAGAUGAUGCUAGCGACCAGGAGAAUGAGGAGGAUACGGGGUACAUGGGCGGGGUCAUGUUUUGCGGGCCUUGCGUCCUACCAUUCCCGAGAAAGAUCCACAGCAGCCCCUCUGACGACAACCUGCAGGCCUUCGCUGGCAUCUUCACCGGCGGAGUUGGCAUGGCCAGACCGAGCCCUCGUCACUGACAGGAAUAAUCACCUCCAUUUCAUUAACUUUUCAAAUGCAAUGUUGGAGAAGAAUGUGAGGGCCAGUGAGCACCAAGCACUUCACAAUAUGUUCCAAUAUUCCAUCCUGCACCUGGCAUAUUGGGCUAGAUCCUUUUGCUUUAGCUGCCCAUUUGCAAAGAUGGCAUUGGAGGGCUAGUUGUCGUCUCCAGGUUUUGUUUUUUCUUGAUGCUCUUGCAUAUACGGUAUAUAUGUUGUAGAUUCCGUGGGACGUAGAAAGUUUUCUGGCUGCUUUGGGCAUCAUGGGAAGAGUUAACUAUAUUUGUUGACAAAUGGUGUGCUGUGAUGCCACAAGUGGAAAACUAAGCACGAAUCUGGCAAGCAAAGCAUGCUCUGCUUUUCCUGA